AUGCCCUCACAUUUGACACGAGUCGUAUUCCGCAGAAUCAUCGCCAAUGAGCCUCUGCUAUAUCGGGGAUGUCGCUACCGAGCCCUUCGACCGCAUAUUGCCACCCAGCAUGGCGCUCUCCCACUGUCCAGGAUGCAGCGACGGACCUUCUUUGGCAAUCUCUUCAAACAACAGCGAAAACUCCGACCAGCCGAGGUACCCGCUGGACUUCAGAAGAUGUCUGAGGUUCUACAAGCAAAAGCGAAUGAUACACGACCACCGAAACCCACCGAAAUUGCUGAUGCAAUCAAAGACUUCUUCGCGCAAAGAAAGGGCACAUUUGAGGACUUCCACAUAGGGAGCGCGUAUGGUGCACUCUUAUACCUGCAGGAAAACCCAAAGGAGGAUGGUCAGCCUUGGUUCAGUAUGAAGGACCUCAAGGGCAUCUUGGAAAAAUUGUUGGCCGCGGGACAUCAACCCAAGGUCCUUGGGGAGUGGCAUCUGGCAUUUGGUCGACUUCUGAUCGAGGAACUCGCCAAACUUGAAGUCCAGUACAACGAGCAAGAUGAUUUGUCCAAGAAAGAAAUUCCGUUCGCUACUUAUAUCAAAUCGAAACAAGUUCGACUGCUGUCGUACUUUGGCGCCACUGCAGAGGCGAGGGAGGUUGCAGCAAGCGGGUUCAAAUACGACGCGAAAUCAUCCCGCUACAUGAGGGAACUCGUUUCCAAAGCGUGGAGAAAUGUACUCAUGGGAAAUAUCCGGGAGAGUAAUCUAGAUGAGAUAUCAAAGACUAUGGAUGCAUCUCAAGCCGUCUCGGUUCCCCUGACUACGACUAUGCAAAAAGAACUCGUCUCAGUUUACGCCGAGAAUAAUCACCUGGAUAGCGCAAAGUUCUGGUAUUCCCAGCCUGUUGUCAAUGCUAGAGGCACAGCAGUUAAGCAACCCCUGGGAACCACAAGCGCUGCAUUGUUGAAGGCUUGCGCCUCGGCAGGCGAUCUGACCUUUGGUCAGCAAGUCGUAGCCACCAUGCUCAAGGAUGAAGCGCCGUCUAAAGAAACCUGGGAUGCGACACUACUCUGGUCUGUGGCUAUCGGCAAAGGCCCAGAUGAAGUCAAUCGUAUGAUUGACGUUUUGAUUCGCCGGAACGAUGAGGCGCGGCGGAAAGACCCCAAAGUUGAAUUGAUUCGUCCGGACACUCAGACCAUCAAUGCAUUGGUGGAGCAUUGCAUGUCAAAGCAAGACCCAUACGCGGCUGAACGCUAUAUAGUCUUGGGCGAGAAGCGUGGAAUCCUGCCUGAUGAGACCACCUACACCAUGCAGAUGCAGUAUCGUAUCUCAGUGGGGGAUCUUGAUGGUGCCAGAGCUGCUUACUUUAAUCUUCAGGGUAGCUUCUCUGGCGAUGAGCGAAGCGUCGCAGCCAUCAAUCUGCUGAUACAGGCUCUCUUGCUCCUCAAAACCAAACACGUCUUUGACGAGUUGAUGGCCAUGGUAGACGACCUACAUGAGGCGCAAGGCCAAUUUCGCCCCCCGAAACCGUCGCAGCGCUUACCCUACUGCAUCUUCGCAGGGUACUCGCCAGCUCAGCGGAGAAUUAUCCAAAAGACACUUUUGACCUUCAUACUUGACGGUGAAACCAGUACAUCAGAUGCGUGGGAUGGGUACCAGAUGCUACGAAAUGUGUUUGCGGAAACGCCACGAGAAGAGCGUAUACUCAUCAUGAAGGAGUUUUUUGCCAGAAAUCGAUCAGAUAUGGCUUGCCACGUCUUCUUCCAUAUGCGCAACCAUGUCAGUCCUGCGCACAACGCAAACAAAGACGUCUACGUCGCAGCUUUCGUUGGGUUUGCUCGCUGCGCAGACGCCGAGUCUCUCGAGUUGGCGCACAACCAACUGAAACUGGACCUGAAUGUGGACAUGGAUACUAAACUGCGCAACUCUUUGAUGCUUGCCUAUGCUGCCACUGGAGAAAACAGAAAGGCGCUCCGCUUCUGGAGAGACAUUUGCGAAUCCAAAGAAGGCCCAACAUAUAACAGCAUAGCCAUUGCCUUUAGAUCCUGCGAAGGAAUGCACUUUGGAUCCGAGCACGCAAAGUCCAUCUGGGAGCGUCUGAAGGAGCAAGACAUUGAAAUCGACAAGACCAUCUGGACUGCCUACAUGUCAGCCGUUGCACGAAACCAUAACCACGAUGAGGCCAGGGAGCUUAUGGAGAAUGUAGAGGAGGAGUAUGGCUUCACUCCGGACCUUCACAUUCUAGGUAGCUGGUUCAACUGCACGGCUAAUAGCAAUAAGCAAGAAGAUGUCGAGGCCUGGAUCAGGCAACGGUAUCCGGAAGUGUGGAGCCAGAUGGAAGCUCUGGGUCAUUGGGUUACUAUGGAUGGCUUUGGGUACCGACAGUAUAACAUCAACCGUGACCUUGAUCCGUAGACGGUGUGGGAGAAGCGUAUAUUAACUGGCAUGUUUUGGUCUGUCUGCAGAUUUAUUAUAUUUGAACAGAAAUAUACACGCUAUUCCACACA